AUGGGUAUACCCUACUCCCGCCAGAUAAAUGCCGCCUUCGAACAAGUCACCCCGCUCGUCGCCGCCGGCUUUACCGUCCUGCGCACCACACGCGACAUAUCCAUCUUGUUGGCGAUAAUCCAGGUUCUGACUGUUGUGCUAUUGGCGUUGAUACUAGGGGUACUGGUCGCAGUGCUUUAUUGUGUCAAUCCGGAUUUGGAGGAAGAAAGACAACGCAUAAUAACACCCUGGCUGCGCUAUGCCGCGCAGAUAAGUAUCUGGGGGGUUACGAAGUUUGUGGUGGGACUCGCGGUGAUAUCGAGUGCGGCGAGUGCGGCGGUGUGGAAGGGGAUUGUAGCGAAGCAGUGGGUCGAGGAUGUGGAGUAUGAAGGGAAUGUGCGGGCGGAGAUGGCGUUGGAGGAGUUGGAUGAG